AUGCACCUGUAUCACCGACUGGCGGUUUUUGAUCUACAAGGCAGUCCAUUUAUGCGGAGCCGCGGUUACGCUGAUACAUCGAACACCAUGCAGUCCACACUGCAAUCUCUGGAACAACAGCUAGCGGAGCUGGUGGAACUCACCGGUCAGUUGGCACAGUCGUUGAUGCAUAUGACGGGAGAAAUACGUGGGAUUCGCCUGGAAUCAGGUCCAUCUUCGCCAGCUACGGUCAGCGCUCCCGUCAGCCCAUCAUCUGCAUCUCCUCCGGAAACAGGACCACCUGUGUGA